UGCGUAUCUACAUACGGCACAGGGCAAGCACUGAAAUAUAAAUUUCGCUCUAUUACCCAUACAAUAAAAUAACCAACAGAAGGUUCUGUGGUGAAGUCUCGUUAUCAUGGCAGACGUCCGUCCCGAGGUAAUGGGGCUGAGUCCCUCCUUCGGAUAUGAUACUGGAGGGUCUACUAUCACCAUCCGCGGAAUGAAUUUCGGUGUUGAUGCCGAUGAUCUUACUGGACUGACAAUAUGCGGUGUGGAUCAUUUGCAUAAGGUGCGGUGGGAUUCGUCCUACAAGUUGGUCGUGACUACUGCGAAGGUGCGCCUGGACGAUUUCCCCCAUGCUGAAAGAGGAGCAGACGGACUAAGGAUCCUUUCGGGGCCUGUCUUGGUGUCUACUGCUAUGGGCGGGCAAUCCCAGCCAUCGCUCAUGUUCAAGUUCAUCGAGGAGGAGGAAGAAGAAGUCGAUUCGGAAACUGAGAUGGAUGAGUGGAAAGAUGUUCCUGACCGCAGACUGCGCGAUGGCCCCGACUCGGCGCUCCGAACGGCAGUUGUUAUCGAAACGGUGUCUGAUCCCUUGUGUAUCUAUAAAGAUGAGAAGAAAUCCAAGGGCAAAUUCAAAGAAAACGUAUUAAUUGCCGAAACAGCUGUGGACCCUCCCAUCCUCGCUUCACUGCGUGAAACCUAUCCUCUGGGGACCAGCGAUCCCGCUAGUGCCAACUUCGUCCCUGCUUGGUUCUUCGCGGAGAAACAUGCCAAUACACCUCUGCAUCUGCUGAUGGUGGGAAGUGAGAACUUGGAUGCGCUGAUUGUCAAGCAGGAGCACGCCGUGACGAGUCUGAUGAAGGACAAUUUCGAUCGAUAUGUGGCAUGUCAAGAUGUCAUUUUGACCAUGCAGCAGGUUCUGGAACGCGAAAGGGAUGAGACCGGGGGUGAUCUGACCAAAGGUCUGCAGGACAACCAGCAAAUAGUCAGUACCAUGGCCAGCGACUACAUCAAGCCCUUGCUCGCGCGCAGGGACCGUGCAGAGGCCAUCCGCUCAGUAAUUGGGGUGCUGAAUAGAUACAAGUUUCUCGUGGGACUGCCACAUGCCAUGCGCUUAGCCAUCACCAACGGGCAGUACCUCAUCGCCGUCACCGAGUACGAGAAGGCGCUGUCGCUCUACGGUCACAGCGAAGUCGACUUUGUGCAGCAGGUGCUCGGCGAAGUGGAGACCAUUGCGGACGAUCUCAGGACCACGUUGCUGGACAAACUAAGACAGCCACGUGCGUCCAUGGCUGACCGCGAGCUGUACAUUGACUAUCUGCUGCGCUUGGGCAGUACAGAGGACCCUUCCUGGAUGGUGAUUGGAUAUGUGCGAGAUGGUCUGUGCCUGAUGCUGAACACCUGUGCUAUGCGAUACCAUGCCAUUCCCGAGAAUGAGGAGACCAUCCAGCGCGGGACUGAGCUGUUUGAAAGCGUGGAAUUUGAGGGCUUUGUUGUAAAGGAGCACGAGUGGACAUCCCAGGGUGCGCUGCGCAUCAUUUCAUAUAUCAGUGAACUGUCGAGAAUCGUCUCCACGCUGUUUCCACGAUUGUGGAAGAUAUACAAAAUGUACUGUGAAACUUGUCUGGCCGGCCUGGAUAAAAGCCAGCCCGAGAAAGGUAUUGGUAUGGGCAGUCAGUCCAAUAUGUCGUCUGGGUGGAAGGGUCUCAAGAGCCCCAGCACCGCAAGUGGAAUGUCGAUGUCUCAAUCCGAAUCCAAGUCGUCGUUGGCCUUGGAUAGAAAAGAUACGCAAAGUGAUGCCAGCGGAGCUGCGGUCGGCAGCAUAAUCCAUGUGGAAGAAGCGAUAGGUCCAGUGUUUGUGCUCUACGAGAAGCUUAUAUCCAACGCAUUCGGACUGAACCACGAUAAGGAUUCAGAGUCAGGGGCGGAUGAAGAAUCCCCGUUCGCAGAUAUCUUGUUCGAUUGCGAUCACGAAACGUCUCAAGCCCUUCUCAAGUGUGCCACGGUUAUAUCGACCUUUUUCAAGCAGCUGGGUGACCUCGAAGGCCUGCAAACGGACGCGAAGAAGUACGUGCGCAUGUUCACGAAGAUGUUAAAGGCUUACAGGGCCUUCUGUGUACGCCCUGUGCUGCAGGAGACACACGAGGAGGUGCAUAAACUCAUAGACUGGAAGUUGACGGUGUCAGUGGGCGUGAGUGUGACGGAGCUUCCAGACGAGCUGAAUGUUAUUAUACAGGCGUGCAUUGAUGACCUCGCGCCAGUGCUGAUGGAAAAGUCGCAUCGCGUGAAGAAUGAGCCCAGUAACACCGUGGUGAUAGUGCGAGACAAGAUUGCGUCAUUACUGCACGAUUUCACUGAGAUACUACGACACCAUGCAUUCUUAAAGGACCCCUCGGCGAAUUCAAAGCGAGGCCAACAGUCGCUGUACCAGAACAUGUCGUUAGAUCUACUCGCCUUCGAGUCACAUCCCCCGAGCAGGUCGCAGCGACUGCUGAUUGUGCUGGGGUCCAUCAACUACCUUAUCGACAUUACUAUACCGAUGCUGGGCCAGAUGUUUGAGAAGAAGUUUAUGUGCUCUCUGAUUGCGAUGUUACAGCAACCUCUGCGAAAAUUAAAACUGCUGGCUCUAGACAUCAACGACGACUACGUGCGCACCAACACAGAACGACUGAUUGCCAUUAUCGAUGAGGGCGUGAAGGAUGACUCGCUGCUGCAGAAGAAACCAUGCGGAAUAAGACAGUUCGUAAAGGACGUGAUUCUGGGUCUGGUAACAGUGCAUUCCGAGGUGACUUCCAUUGACAGAUCGUAUUGUCGGACGAUGAUUGAAGGUUUACAAGAUAAUAUAGCAGACGGCAUUUGUAUCAUCAUUGAUGGGAUGGAGAUCACCUUACAGCAGUACCAGCAAAUACAUAUGGACCUGAAGAUCCUGUCGAUAGCGAUGGGGAGUUACAACACGACAAGAUCCAAAUCUUUAAUGAAAGAUGCCUUCAGAUUGCUGAAGGGCAAAGUUACUGAAUGCAAACCGUACGCCGUUCCUGACGAAAUUGAGAUUCUAGCAAAAUUCGAACAACAGAUGACCUUUACUUUGAUGUGCUUAGAGGGCUGAUAAGAUGUUAAAAUGUCAAUAAAUAAAUAAUUUACCUGAUAAUUGCUGGUAAAAAAC